AUGAGUUCCUUCAGCUACGAGCCGUACUACUCGACCUCGUACAAGCGGCGCUAUGUGGAGACGCCCCGGGUGCACAUCUCCAGCGUGCGCAGCGGCUACAGCACCGCGCGCUCCGCUUACUCCAGCUACUCGGCGCCCGUUUCCUCCUCGCUUUCCGUGCGCCGCAGCUACUCGUCCAGCUCCGGAUCCUUGAUGCCCAGCCUGGAGCACCUCGACCUGAGCCAGGUGGCCGCCAUCAGCAACGACCUCAAGUCGAUCCGCACGCAGGAGAAGGCGCAGCUCCAGGACCUCAACGACCGCUUCGCCAGCUUCAUCGAGCGCGUGCACGAGCUGGAGCAGCAGAACAAGGUGCUGGAAGCCGAGCUGCUGGUGCUGCGCCAGAAGCACUCGGAGCCGUCCCGCUUCCGGGCGCUGUACGAGCAGGAGAUACGCGAUCUGCGCCUGGCGGCGGAAGACGCCACCAACGAGAAGCAGGCGCUGCAGGGCGAGCGCGAGGGGCUGGAAGAGACUCUGCGCAACCUGCAGGCGCGCUACGAAGAGGAGGUGCUGAGCCGCGAGGACGCGGAGGGCCGGCUGAUGGAAGCGCGCAAAGGCGCCGACGAGGCGGCGCUCGCCCGCGCCGAGCUGGAGAAGCGCAUCGACAGCCUGAUGGACGAGAUCGCUUUCCUGAAGAAAGUGCACGAAGAGGAGAUCGCCGAGCUGCAGGCGCAGAUCCAGUACGCGCAGAUCUCGGUGGAGAUGGACGUGUCCUCCAAGCCCGACCUCUCCGCCGCGCUCAAGGACAUCCGCGCGCAGUACGAGAAGCUGGCCGCUAAGAACAUGCAGAACGCCGAAGAGUGGUUCAAGAGCCGCUUCACCGUGCUGACCGAGAGCGCCGCCAAGAACACCGACGCCGUGCGCGCCGCCAAGGACGAGGUGUCCGAGAGCCGCCGCUUGCUCAAGGCCAAGACCCUGGAGAUCGAAGCGUGCCGGGGCAUGAACGAAGCGCUGGAGAAGCAGCUUCAGGAGCUGGAGGACAAGCAGAACGCCGAUAUCAGUGCCAUGCAGGACACAAUCAACAAACUAGAGAAUGAAUUGAGAACCACAAAGAGUGAAAUGGCACGAUACCUGAAAGAAUACCAAGACCUCCUCAACGUGAAAAUGGCUUUGGAUAUUGAAAUUGCAGCUUACAGGAAACUCUUGGAAGGUGAGGAGACACGACUCAGUUUCACCAGCGUGGGAAGCAUAACCAGUGGCUACCCCCAGAGCUCCCAGGUCUUCGGCCGAUCUGCCUAUGGUGGUUUACAGACCAGUUCCUACUUGAUGUCUGCCCGCUCCUUCCCGUCUUACUACACCAGCCAUGUCCAGGAAGAGCAGAUCGAGGUGGAGGAGACCAUCGAGGCUGCAAAAGCCGAAGAAGCCAAGGAUGAACCCCCCUCUGAAGGAGAAGCUGAAGAGGAGGAGAAGAAGGAAGAGGAGGGUGAGGAAGAGGAGGGAGCGGAAGAAGAAGAAGCUGCAAAGGAAGAAUCUGAAGAUGCGAAGGAAGAAGGAGAAGGUGAAGGCGAAGAAGGAGAAGAACCCAAAGAAGCUGAAGAGGAUGAGAAAAAAGAGGAAGGUGCUGGGGAGGAACAAGCAACUAAGAAGAAAGACUGA